GCCCGCUCCUGGGGUCUCCUACCCAGAGGAUGACUUCCAUGGCAGAGUCAGAAACUAUAAAAGUACUGGAAGAGGAACCAAUGACAUCUAAGACUCAUGAUCAACAAUUGGAAUCAAAUCCCCACCCUGUGGAAGUGUGUAAACCGUCUACCUCAUUGGAGAUGACUGAAGGCGCUUCAAAGGGAAGAAUUCCCCUUGAUUCUAGCCCUAAAGCUGGGGGACAUUGUGAUCUGAACCUCCUGGAGGAACUCCAGUCUGGAUCCCUUCACUUGUCUCCCCAAAUCCUUCAUCAAGACAGGAGGCAGUCCUGGCGGCGAGCGAGUAUGAAAGGCACGAACCGACGGAAGUCUCUUCCUCCCUUCCAUCAGGGCAUCACAGAGCUCAGCAGAUCCAUCAGUGUCAACUUAACAGAAAGCAAACGGCUUGGUGUUCUCCUGCUCUCCAGUUUCCAGUUUUCUGCACAGAAACUUGAGCCUUUCUUAAAGGACACUAAGGACUUCAAUCUCGAAAGAUUCAGAGCCAAAGUAUCCUCUGUUUCUGAAGAAUUGAAACAUUUUAUAGACAGCUUGGAAAGUGAUGGGACUCUACAAAAAUGUUUUGAAGAUUCAGAAGGAAAAGUUCCAGAUUUGUCUCUUGAAGCAUCAGUGGCUGAGAUGAAGGAAUAUAUAACAAAAUUUUCUUUGGAACAACAGACUUGGGAUCAACUAUUAUUGCGUUAUCAGAAGGAAGCUAAAGAGAUAAUAUCCAGAUCAGCUGAAAACAAAAUGACUGAAGUUGAGGUAGAGCCUACAAUGUAUCUUGGGUCUUCCCAGAGUGAAGUCCUUAAUACAAAACCUGAUUACCAAAAAAUAUUGCAGAAUCAGAGUGAAAUUUUUGAUUGUGUGGAGUUGGUGAUGGAUGAACUGCAGGGAUCCAUGAAGCAGCUGCAUGCCUUUAUGGAUGAAAGCACUCAGUGCCUCCAGAAGCUGUCAGUACAGCUCGGGAAGAGAAGCACACAACAAUUAGAUUCCUCACCAGCUCGAAAAUUGCUCAAGCUUCAGCUAUAAAAACUCUUUGUGACACGUUGCCCUAGAUCUUAUUGGUCACCUCAUGCAUCUUUUCUGCAACUAGAUGUUUAGAGUCCAGGAAUGGGACUGGAAUGUCAUCCCUGUAGCAGUGAGCAGAUGAUUCCUGCCAUUACCUUAAGGAAUAACUGACUAAUUAUGGACUCCUUCAGUGUUUUUCUAAGAGUGAUGUAAUUUAUGCAUCGAAAAAAAUGUUGUAUAGACACUUUCCAAAAAUGUGCAAAAUACUUAAAACUGUUUUGGAAUAGCAUUCAGAUUUAUUUGCUUAUUCUUUUUAACAUCCAUCUUAGUCUCUGCUCUUCCAUCUUGAGGAUAUGAUUUCAGUCUAUGAAGACUAAAUCCUGUGAGAUAUUUUAGAAGUCAAACUAGUUUCCAAUUGUAAAGGGAUAAAACUGCUUUUCUUGGGGCCGGAGAGGCAGUCCAGCAGAUAAGGCUUUUGCCUUGCAUGCAAAAUCUGUAUUUAUCAGAUGCUUAUCAGUUGCUUAUCCUCAGCACCCCAUAUGGUCCCUUCAGCACUGCCAGGAGUAGUCCCCGAGCACAGAGCCAGGAGUCUGUCCUGAGUACUACUGAGUAUGGCCCAGAUACAGAAACAAAAACUGCUUUUCUAAUGUGACUCAGAAGGUGAUUUUAGGUAGAGAAGUUUGAGCAUUGUUUGUGUUAUGUUUAUACAUAUUUCAUUUAAAAUAUCCACACUGAAGGAAAUGCUACUACUCAUUUUCUGUGUUUUCCUACAUCCUCGAUUAUAGAAAGGGACUCCUUUCUUUGCUCUCUGUAUUUCUUAAUAGCCUGCAUUAUAAAAUUGCACAUGAUCAAAAGUUCUCCCUUGUAUUUUUGUAUAUCUUGAGUGUAUUAGAAAAAUUAAAAGACCAGUUU